ACCACCAGUGGCUGCCUACUGCAUGAUACCUCAAGUAAAUGUCUCGUCUUGCCGCAUAUAAAGUGUCUAUCAGACCUGCCUUCAGGCCAGGACUUCAUGGCUUCCUCACAAGCGAGUCAAGCCCUUAUACGACGGUCAUCGGUGGACGAUGUUGCUCUUAUGCCCCCGCCACCUCUCAAGCGGAUAAAAAGACCACCAAAAGUUCUGGACGAGGACGAAUAUACAAAGGCGCUGUCCGACAUCAUUGCGCGCGACUACUUCCCCGGCCUGCUCGAAAGCCAGGCGCAGCAUGACUACUUAGCUGCGUUAGACUCUGGAAACGAGUCUUGGAUUGUGGAGGCAGCGCAGAAAUUGAGACAGGUGGCAGCGCCCGCAACGGGCAGCAAGAGAAGGUCAGCGCGGAACACUCGAUUCGACAGGACCCCUUCAGCAACGCCCCGAACAGUGGGAGAUACGCCAGUGGGAUAUACGGGGAGCGAGACACCCGUGACGGUCGCUGGGACCGAAGUUGAGGAAGAGGAGGAGCGGCAAAAGCAGUUGGAUACAGCGAGAUUCUCGCUGGGUUCUUUCCAGGCGAAGUACACGUCGGAGGACAAUGAGUCCUUCAACGCUCUCCUUGACACACAAAACCAAAAACGCCGCGAAAAGCACGCCCACCUCUGGACCCAGGAUCAGCGACUCCCCUCUGCAAGGCAAAUCGCGCACCGCGCCCGGGAGGCCCGACUCCUCAAGGAGCGCGAAGAAAAUGAAGCGGCGGGAAAAGCCAUGAUCCCUAUGACCUCAGGAGCGACAGACGCCCGUCUUGCGAGACCCGACGCUUGGAAAAUCAAGCGUCCCGACAACAGCUUCAUGUUCAAUGUGACCUCCGUAGACGAAGACGGGGUCCAAACCGUGCAGGAAGUCAAGGAGCAAAACUCCAAGGCCGGCCCCAAGCAAGUGGUUCACGCAAAUACACGAUUUCCGCCGAUGCAAUACGUCGACGAACCUGGUCCGGUCCCUCCUUCACCGUCGCUCAACACGGACAUCAUUGAGCAACGGACCGCGCACAAGAGACAGCGGGAGGGUAGCGAUCUGGCGACCACGACCGACUUCCCGGGAAGCGAGACUCCGCGUGUCAACGGCUACGCAUUCGUCGAGGAAGACGAGCCCGAAAACCUGCCGUCCGCCGCGGACCCAUCGGCUCCCAGUUACCGCGAUCUCCUGGCCGGGCAGGUCGGCGACGGCACGCCCAACCCGUUCAAGAUCGGCGAGAUCCGCAAACGCGAGGAUCUGCAUCUGAGGAUGUUGGAGAAGCAGGCGAGGAAGAAGCGGGACAAGGAGCGGGAGACGGUCAAAACGCCCAGUUCUGUGUUUGGGGCCGGUGUGAAGACGCCCUCGACGGCGGCGGCAGCAGCAGCAGCAGCGGGAAACAUGACCCCCGCGGCAAGACGGCUGAUGGCGAAGCUGGGCGGGAAGACACCCGUGAGAACUGGCCUGGAACUUGGGGUGGGAGCGGACGGCGUCGACGCGAAGGAGAUGUGGACUCCUGGACGGACGCCGCGGAGGAGGCACGCUGGGAAGUGACUCUUUGAUGUUCCCUCUCUAUAAGAGUGGCUCCCUCUGCGCACCUACAGAUACAGAGUGUGCGGCGUGUGUGCGUGAAGUAAACUAAGCCAUCCUUAGGCCCUCUCCCCCACGUCCAAUAGACCAAAUAACAUGACUACGAAUGAGCAGAACAUUUGCGCUCCUUA